AUGGCUAUCGUAGGUCCUCGAAAGCAGAAGAAGACCCUAUUAACUACUCUUCCAACUGAACUAUUUGAGGACAUCGUAAAGCGCCUCAACAGUACUAAAUCCGAUGUCUCUCGAUUUCGUGCCGUCUGCCGAUCAUGGCGGUCCUCCAUUCCUCCCGUCGAUUCGAAGCUCCAAAACUUCAAAAUCAAGACUUGGAAAGAGAACAACUACAAAAUCCUUCACGUCAAUGAGGUCGCAGUCUACCAUCAUCUUGUGUCUCCUGCCAUUAAUCCCGGUGAACAAGUCCCAAGGGAUUGGCUGGUUAAACUGCGCAGUCCGGACCAAGGUGGCCAAGUUAUGAACUUGUUAGACUUUCAAGGAUUCGAGUUGGCAAAAGCUUAUGAGUUGAGUGGAGUGCAGAGGUUCGUCAUGUCGACGAACUUCGAUUCCCCUGACGCCAUGCUCAUUCACCGCGGAGAGUUAUACCAUGGAGGAUUAGGUCUUGACAAUAAAGGGUACGUGAACCUCUUUAAGUUUGAGGACAACCAACUCUUUAUGAGAUGCAGUAGUUACGAAGAUGUGAUUUUCUAUCGAGGAAUGUUCUAUGCUGUCACGACGGACGGGAGAGCUAUAGCAGUUGAUGGGAAGUUGACAAAGGUUGCGGUUUCGCAUCCGAUAUGUAUUAAGUACCAAUACCGUUGUAACAAGCACCGGGUGUUGAGUUUGGUGGAAUCUUCAGGGGAUCUACUUUUAGUUGAAAGAUUCUCGAGAAAAGGUUGGUGUGAUGGAAAUCCUCUCAAGAUUGAUGUCAAGUUCAAGGUGUAUAAGUUGAAUGCGGUUGAGGAGAAAUGGGUUGAGAUGCAAGCUUCGGAUUUGAGUGAUCGGAUAUUGGUGUUUUUGACCGGUGUUCAUGAUUACUAUGGCUUCUCUCUUGCUGCUAAAGAUUUCCCAGGAUGCCAAGGAAACUGUAUUUAUUUCUCAACUAAAAAACUUCCUCAGGUGGGAGUGUUCGACUUAAGCAAUGGUACUCUCUUUGACCUAGAAUCUUUACCACAAAGUGCUAGAAUCUUUCUCCCUCGGUGCAACAAUGUGUCGAUCGAAUCAAUCAUGCUCGAUGGAGAGAUAUCCAAGCCUCAGCUCCGUAACAGACUAUCAGUUGAGCUUAAAAAACUGAGAUAUUUGCAUUCAUGUUUGUUUAAGAAACAUCGUAAAUAUAUUGUAAACCAAUCUUGGUGA